GACAAAAAAUGGAACACACCAGCAGUGUGAGGAGACCUGAAAGUGGCACAUGGCAGAGUGUGGCGAUGGAGGCAGCAGCAAUGGGAGGCCGUACAGGGACCCAUGAGAGACUCUGGACUUGGCAGCAGCAUGAGAGGCGGUAUAGGGGCCCAUGGCAGAUUAGGGGCCUGGCAGCAGCUAUGGGAGGCCCGUAAUCUGCCAGCCACCCUAUGACAAAAAAUGGAACACACCAGCAGUGUGAGGAGACCUGAAAGUGGCACAUGGCGAGUGUGGCGAUGGGACAGCACAAUGGGGGGGGCCGUACAGGGACCCCCUGAAACUCUGGGGCCUGGCAGCAGCAUGA